UCUUAUAAAACGUAAUAUUUUUCUGUCAUGAGUGAUAAUAAGAUCUGAAUUGGUUGAUUAAUACUUUAAUGUGCAGAAUGGAGAGAGAGGAAGAGAGGGAACGGCGUCGUUUGCGUGACCGACAAAGAAGGCAAUCAAUGACUAAAGAGCAGAGGGAACGACACCUUGCACGGCGGCGCAGAAACUACCAGCUUCGGCGGCAGAGAGCUGCAAAUACUCCAUUACCGCCUCUUCCUCAAUCAACAUCUUCUCAACCCUCCGUCACCACUGCCGGUCACCUUCCCUCUCUUCCUCCUUCCAUCCCCUCACAGAACACGUUACAAAUUAUUCAAGAUACGAUGAUGAAUAAUGGAGCGUCAAUUCAGAUGGAAGGUUUUCCCAAGCGAUUAAGUAUCGUGAAACGGCUUGCAAGAAACUUUGGAAAUACAAAGAGUGUUAUGACACUGGACAGUUAUCAUGUCGCACCACAUUUUAUAUCAGGUAACAGUGGCACGACAAACAUCUUACGUUUGAAUAGUGUGAAACGCCUUGCUCGAUCAUUGAGUUUUCCUUUGGAGAAACAGCCAUCCAGAAAUAACGACAAUGUAACUAAUAGUUAGUUUCUUGUUGGAAUGAAUGUAACUUUCUGUUUUCUUUUAAUGUAUAAUGCUAUUCAAUUUAGACAGUGUAGAACAAAAUAGGACACGGGAUUAUGUAGUGAAUCACUCGUGCCCUUGUAAUUGUACAAUCAGUAGCAGGCAAAUAUUACAUUAA